AUGGCUCCUAUUGAAUAUCUUUUAUUUGAAGAACCAACUGGUUAUGCAAUUUUCAAAGUUAAAUUACAACAAGAUGAUAUUGGAUCAAGAUUAAAGGAAGUUCAAGAACAAAUUAAUGAUUUUGGUUCCUUUACGAAAUUAGUCGAAUUAGUUUCCUUCGCUCCUUUCAAAGGUGCUGCUGAAGCUUUGGAAAACGCUAACGAUGUCUCUGAAGGUUUAGUUUCUGAAAGUUUGAAAGCUAUCUUAGAUUUGAAUUUACCAAAGGGUUCCAAGGGUAAGACUGUCACUUUAGCAAUCUCUGAUAAGAACUUAGGUCCUUCUAUCAAAGAAGAAUUCCCAUACGUCGAUUGUCUUGCUAAUGAAUUAGCUCAAGAUUUAAUUCGUGGUGUUAGAUUACACGGUGAAAAAUUAUUCAAAGGUUUACAAUCAGGUGAUUUGGAAAGAGCUCAAUUAGGUUUAGGUCACGCUUAUUCAAGAGCUAAAGUUAAGUUUUCUGUCCAAAAGAAUGAUAACCAUAUUAUUCAAGCUAUUGCCCUAUUGGAUCAAUUAGAUAAAGAUAUUAACACUUUUGCCAUGAGAGUUAAGGAAUGGUACGGAUGGCAUUUCCCAGAAUUGGCCAAAUUAGUUCCAGACAAUUAUAAAUUUGCCCAAUUAGUUUUAUUCAUUAAAGAUAAGGCAUCUUUAAAUGAUGAAUCUUUACAUGAUUUAGCUGCCAUUCUAGGUGAUGAUGCAGGUAUCGCUCAAAGAGUCAUUGAUAACGCUAGAAUCUCUAUGGGUCAAGAUAUAUCAGAAACUGAUAUGGAAAACGUUUCUAUUUUUGCUCAAAGAGUUGUUUCAUUAGUGGAAUACAGAAAACAAUUAUUUGAUUACUUGUGUGAAAAGAUGCAUACUGUUGCUCCAAAUCUAUCAGAAUUGAUCGGUGAAGUCAUUGGUGCUAGAUUGAUUUCUCAUGCUGGUUCUUUGACUAACUUAUCUAAGCAAGCUGCUUCUACUGUGCAAAUUCUUGGUGCUGAAAAGGCUUUAUUCAGAGCUUUAAAGACUAAAGGAAACACCCCAAAAUAUGGUUUGAUUUAUCACAGUGGGUUCAUUGCUAAAGCUUCUGCUAAGAAUAAGGGUAGAAUUUCUAGAUAUUUGGCUAACAAGUGUUCUAUGGCUUCUAGAAUCGAUAACUAUUCCGAUGAACCAACUAACGUAUUUGGUUCCGUUUUGAAGAAACAAGUCGAACAAAGAUUAGAAUUCUACAACACAGGUAAACCAACCUUGAAGAAUGAAUUAGCCAUUCAAGAAGCUAUGGAUCUAUAUAAUAAAGAGAAACCAGAAACUGAAGAGAAGGAAGACAAGGUUUCAUCAAAAAAGAGAAAAUUAGAAGAUGAUGAAGAAGAAAAGGAACCAAAGAAGGAGAAGAAAGAGAAGAAGGAAAAAAGGAAAAGAAAGAAAAAAAGGAGAAGAAAGAAAAGAAAGAAAAAAAGGAAAAGAAAGAUAAGAAGAAGGAUAAGAAGAAGAAGUAAUUGA